GUUCAAGCGAUAUUUUGAAAAUGGCAUCGGACGUCUCGAUAAAUGCAUCCUACGUAAAAAACCGUCCUGGGAGAGCUAUGAAGAGUCGAAGACAAGAAUCCGAGGACUCGUCAAUUGCAAUGGAUGAGAUUCCUCUUAUGAUGAGCGAUGAUGGGUUUGAGACUGAUGAGAAUGACUUCCUUAUGAGAUCCAGGGGGUCCAGGGGGGCAAAGAAAAGAGGACUUGGAUGGUUCCUUAGUGGAGGAUGGAAGAUACUAUGCUCUAAUUGUUGGGACUCUAUGAUUGAAAAAUGCAGGCGUAAGAAGGACUACCUGCCACGUACUGUUUGGAUGGGAGACAAAGACCCACAUCAUACCAAGUAUCCCGCUAAUGUUAUCCGCAAUCAGAAAUACAGUGUUAUAUCAUUUAUACCACUUGUGCUUUAUGAACAAUUCAAAUUCUUCCUGAAUCUCUACUUCCUUGUAAUGGCAAUGUCUCAAUUUAUCCCAGACAUACGUAUCGGCUAUCUCUACACCUACUGGGGUCCACUGUGUUUUGUGAUAUUUGUGACUAUGUGCCGUGAAGCUCUUGAUGAUUUCCGACGUUAUCGCCGUGACAAGGAAGUGAAUUCACAGAAGUUUAAACUACUAACCCCAGCUGGUCAGAAGGAAAUCCCAAGUGCAGAAAUCCAAGUUGGAGACAUUAUAUCCAUUGAAAAGGAUCAGAGAGUCCCUGCUGAUAUGAUCCUCUUACGUACAACAGAGCGGAAUGGUUCAUGUUUCAUACGCACAGAUCAGAUGGACGGAGAGACAGAUUGGAAAUUACGACUAGCUGUUCCAUCAACUCAACGCCUCCCAUCUGAUAUGGAUCUUCUACAUAUCAAUGGCCAAGUUUAUGCUGAGAAACCUCAGAAAGGAAUCCAUGAAUUUGUUGGAACUUUCAGUAGAACUGAUUUACAUGUCCCUGCUGGAGCUAAACUUAAUGACAUUGGAGCAGAAGAUCCACUUAGUAUUGAGAAUACACUAUGGGCCAACACUGUAGUUGCAUCUGGUACUGCCUUGGGUCUAGUGAUAUACACUGGCACAGAAACAAGGAGUGUUAUGAAUACAUCUCAACCAGGAAGUAAGGUGGGGCAGCUUGAUUUGGAAAUCAACACUCUGACAAAGAUUCUGUUUUUUGCUGUGAUAUGUCUCUCCAUCGUCAUGAUGAUUAUAAAGGGAUUUGCUGGCCCGUGGUACCGCUAUCUGUUCAGAUUUAUUCUUCUAUUCUCUUACAUCAUUCCAAUAAGUUUGCGUGUAAAUCUUGACAUGGGUAAGGCAGCAUACUCAUACAUGAUCCAGAAGGACAAAGAAAUCCCAGGGACGGUUGUGAGAAGUACUACAAUUCCAGAAGAGCUGGGUAGAGUUACUUACCUACUCUCAGAUAAAACUGGUACUCUAACACAGAAUGAAAUGGUAUUCAAACGUUUACAUUUGGGCACAGUGUCAUUCACAAAUGAGUCAAUGGAUGAAGUUGUUGCUCAUUUGAAGACUUCUUUUACAUCACUCCAACAACAACAAGAGGCUGCUGGCCUCAACACACCCCUCAAGGUGACAAAGGUUAGACGCACAGUAGUGACCCGUGUGUAUGAGGCUGUUAAAGCUCUUGCGUUAUGUCAUAAUGUUACCCCAGUGUAUGAGGAAGAGGAAGGGGAUGAGGACGAGGAAGAAAAUAUUGACAUUGAAGCUGACCAACAUACGCAACAAAAAGUUGUUUAUCAAGCCAGCAGCCCUGAUGAGGUGGCUCUAGUAAAGUGGACAGAAAGUGUUGGUUUGGGUUUAACUAAGAGAGAUCUCAACUCAAUAACUCUCAUGUCUCCUCUUGGUCGACUUGUAUCAUACACCAUACUACAGAUCUUUCCCUUCACUUCAGAGACCAAGAGAAUGGGAAUUAUAAUCAAGGAUGAGCAAACUGGUGAGAUUACAUUCUAUAUGAAGGGUGCUGAUGUUGUCAUGGUAACCAUUGUGCAAUAUAAUGAUUGGUUGGAAGAGGAGUGUGGAAAUAUGGCCAGAGAGGGACUCAGAACUUUAGUUGUUGCUAAGAAGUCUUUGACCGAGGACCAAUAUCUGGACUUUGAGUCUCGUCUCCACCAGGCUAAGAUGUCUGUCCAGGACAGGGCAUUGAGAGUGACUGCAGUGAUAGAGAGCUUGGAGAGAGACAUGGAACUGUUGUGCCUUACUGGGGUGGAAGACAAACUUCAAGAGGAUGUUAGACCAACUUUGGAAAUGAUGAGAAAUGCUGGAAUAAAGGUAUGGAUGUUAACAGGUGACAAAUUAGAGACUGCGACGUGCAUCGCAAAAAGUUCACGUUUAGUAUCUAAGACACAAACCAUCCACAUAUUUCGCACUGUUACCACGAGAAGUGAUGCACAUUUAGAGUUGAAUUCCUUUAGGCGGAGAAACGAUUGUGCUCUAAUUAUCAGUGGCAAUUGUUUAGAGGUGUGUUUGAAGUAUUAUGAACAUGAGUUUGUCGAGUUGGCUUGCCAGUGUCCAGCUGUUGUUGUGUGCAGGUGUUCACCAACACAAAAAGCUGAAAUCGUCAAACUUUUAAAGAACCAUACCAAGAAAAGGACAUGUGCAAUAGGUGAUGGAGGUAAUGAUGUCAGCAUGAUUCAGGCUGCUGAUGCCGGAAUAGGAAUUGUGGGUAAAGAGGGAAAGCAAGCGUCACUGGCAGCAGAUUUCUCCAUCACACAGUUUAGUCAUAUUGGUAGACUUAUUUUGGUCCAUGGUCGUAACAGCUAUAAGAGAAGUGCCUCCUUAUCUCAGUUUGUGAUGCACAGAGGCCUUAUCAUCUCAACCAUGCAAGCUGUCUUCUCCUCUGUCUUCUACUUUGCAUCUGUUGCACUUUUCCCAGGCUUCCUUAUGGUUGGGUAUGCCACUGUAUAUACAAUGUACCCUGUGUUCUCCCUAGUCCUUGACAAAGAUGUAUCUGCACAGAUAGCUCUCACAUACCCAGAACUAUAUAAGGAACUCACAAAGGGUAGAUCAUUAUCUUUCAAGACUUUUCUCCUGUGGGUUCUCAUAAGUAUAUAUCAAGGUGGUAUAAUAAUGUAUGGUGCACUCCUACUAUUUGACCAAGACUUUAUCCACGUUGUUUCAAUCACAUUCACGGCUCUUAUUCUCACUGAACUGCUCAUGGUUGCCUUGACGAUACGUACCUGGCACUACCUGAUGAUCAUCGCUGAGGUAUUCAGUCUGGGUGUUUAUAUUGCUUCACUCUUUAUACUCAAGGAUAUUUAUUUUGAUGCAAGAUUCCUACAGAGUUGGGACUUUAUUUGGAAGGUUCUUGUCAUCACUUCUGUCAGCUGCAUUCCAUUGUACAUUCUCAAAUUCCUACGCAAAAAGUUCUCUCCUCCAAGCUAUAGCAAGUUGACUACAUGAGAUAUGAUGAACUGGUCAUAUAUAUUGGAAAAUUCCAGUCAUCCUUCAUGUAAAUGAACAGGGGUUUCAUUUUCAUUUGAUUUAUGACAAGAAGGAUUGUAAUAAUUUGAGGAUUUCUUUUAUUUUGGCGGACUUAUUAAGUCUUGAUUUCAGUUUGACAGGGUUUGAAAGAAAUUACAGCACAUGAAGAAUAUCAGGAAGAACAAUAUAUUGUUUCCUGUCAGUAUGUGCUUCAAUCAUUAUUCUUAAUUUACUUUUCAUUGUUAUAAUGCUUUUAUAUUUCAUAUAGCUCUAUUAAGUGGAUACUUUGAAUGUUAUUCAGAUGAUUAAUGAUUGUUCAUUUCAAGUUAUGUAUAUUAAACAAUAUGUCAUAUAUGAGUAU